AUGCAGUCCUCUUUUCUAGUCUUAGCACAGUCUCUCUCUUGCUCCGUAAAAUCCGUCUGCUCUACCCUUCGUUCACCUAUUUCACUCGACUCCUGCCACCACAUCUGCCCUACUCGAGGCGUCAUUCGCCCCCCACCCCCCUGCGUCUGGGUGACUAAUUCGAGGCGCAAGCCUCUGAGUGUCAUGGUCACCCCUUUGCUACAUGUACCAUGGCUCUGGGAUCAACAGACCUAUCGUCAGCCAACUAGCUCCGGUCCCCGCCGUCUCUAUCCUGUUUCUAUCCCAGGGCGGAAGGGGAAGAUACCACAACUGUUUAGCACACGUUUGGUCAAAGGAUCGGCUUCACUUGUCUCUUUGACGAGUUGUUGUAUGGUGCUAAUAAUGGUGAUGCUCACUGACGAUGCCGGCGAAACGUUUGGGAAUGUACCAUGUCCACUGUUCAACUUUGGAAAUGAUCAUGCAGACAGUGGACUCCGGACUAGGUGCGUUCCUCUAAAUCGUCCUACCAAAUUGACCAAGUUUCGAAAACAAGGUCAAACAACGGAAGGAGACUGCGACCACACAAUCUUGGUCUUCAUAUUUUUGAUUAAUUGUUAG